AUGUCUCAGCAGGGUGGGUACUACAAUCAGGGCCAGCCUCCUCCCACCGGAGGUGAGCAGCCCCCUCAAGGCUACAGCGGCGGCUACGCUCCUCCUUCGGACCAGUACGGUCAGCCUCCUCAGUCGUACGGCGGCGGCCCUCCUCCCCAGCAGGGCUACGGCGGUCCUCCUCAGGGCUACAACAACGCUCCUCAAGGCUACAGCGGUGGUCCUCCUCAAGGUUACUCUGGCGCGCCCCAGGCCCCUCCUCAAGGCUACGACCGCGGUGCCACUCCUCAGGCCGGCGGUCCUCCCCAGGGCUACGGCGGCGCUCCCCAGAGUGCCCAGGGUUACGCCAGCGCUCCUCCCCAGAGCGCUACUCCCGUUCAAGGCUAUGGCGGUGCUCCUCAGGCGGCGGCCCCUGCUCAAGGUUACAACUCUGGUGGUCCUCCCCCCGCUCAAGGCUAUGACUCGCGCUACGACCAGUCUCGCGGUGACUACCCCGCACAGGGUGGCUACCAGCAGCAGCCCCCUGCUCAGGGCGGCUACGCGCAGGGUGGUUAUCAGCAGCCUCCUGCCAGUGCGCCUCCCGCCGGUCCUCCAUCCGAUUACAACGCCGGCCAGUACCAGCAGCAGGGCUACGCUCAGCAGCCUCAGCAGUACGGCGAGCCUCGUCAGCAGUACGAUUCGCGCGCCCCGUCCGCAGCCCCCAGCAACGAUCAGCGCCCGCCCGGUCCCCCUGGUGGCGCGUACGAUCAGCAUGCCCCUGCGCCCCCCGCUGGUCAGGCUCCCUACCAGCAGCAGCAGUACUAUGACGCGUCCCCUCGCCCCGGUACUGCGGCCUCGACUGCGCCCUCUGUUGCGCCCACCAUCAGCACAAUCACCCCCAGCAUGGCUCCCAGCAUGGGCGGUCCGCCCUCGACUGUCGCGCCCUCGCCUGCCCCGACUGUGCGCGAGGUCGGCCCUGCGCCCUCGGGCUUCAACCCGGCUGCUGCUAGCUUCCAGCCCGCCGGUGGCCCGCCCCAGGCUCCCUACGCACAGCAGGGGCACGACAUGAGCGGCCUCGCCCCUCCUCCCAGUGCCCAGGGCACCGUUUCGUCUGGCACCACCGGCACCAUCUCCACCCGCCACGACGCCACCCCCGCCACGAGCGCCGGCUCCGAGGUGCCCAACGUCACCGACAAGCUUGAGGCGCUCCAGCUCACCUCGUUCUACGUCCGUCCCGGCUACGGCGAGAAGGGCAAGAAGAUCGUCGUCCAGUCCAACUACUUUGCUGUCACCAACACGAAGCGUCCUCGCCAGCUCUUGCGCGCUGUCUGGGAGCAGCUCGCGGCGGAGCAGACCCACCCCGACUGGCAGCGGGGCUUCAAGGCUGUCGCCUUCGAUGGUCGCAAGAACGCCUUCACUCCCCACAAGUUCCCCAUUGAGCCCUACCGCCACACCACGACGCUCCUGGCGAGCGGCGAGGUUCAGCGCGGUGGUCAGCAGCAGUCCUCGUCCGACGAGGAGUCGCGCCGCUACCACGUCGACAUGAAGCUCGUGGCCACGAUUGACCUUGAGGCCGUCAUGGAGUUCUGCCGCGCCUCCGACCGCGCCCCCACCAACGAGGAGCGCUGCCUCACCGGCGUCAUGGCGACCAAUGUCCUGCUCCGCGACUUCCCCUCCAAGACCUACACCCAGGUCGGCGCCACGGGCAACAAGUUCUACACCAUGGACGGCUCCCGCCCUCUUCCCCAGGGCGCAAUGGUCUGCAAGGGCUUCCUUCAGUCCUUCCGCUACUCCAACUCGGCGGUGCCCCUCAUCAACAUUGACCUCGGCUUCUCUGCCUUCCUCCAGCCUGGUCCUGCCGUCGAGGUCAUCAACAAGAUUCUCUCCUUCGGUCCCGUCGGCGCGCGUGGCGGCGGUCCUCAGGCGCGCGAGUUAGACCAGCUCGAUCAGCGCCAGAUCGCCAUCCUCAAGAAGAAGCUCCGUGGUGCCAAGUUCUACGUCACCCACCGCCAGAGCUCGCGCCUGCACACGGUCGUCACUGUGACCCUGCACUCGGCCGCUGAGCUCAAUUUCGUCAUCGAGGGCAAGGACGGCAACCCCGACCGCCGCGUGUCGGUCGCCCAGUUCUACAAGGAGUACUACGGCUGCGAGGUCCGCAAGCCCCGCCUUCCUUGCAUCCAGUAUGGCAAGCGCGCCUACAUUCCUCUCGAGUUUGCGGUUUUUGCCGACUUCAACUCGCUGCCUCCUACCAACUUGACUGCAGAGCAGACUGCCGAGAUGAUCAAGGUCAGCGCCAUGAAGCCCAACGACCGUCGUGAGACGAUUCUCAACUGGCGCCGCGAGCUCGCGUACGAGACCCAGGAGAAGGUCAGGGAGUGGGGUCUCGAGGUCAACCAGCGCAUGGUUGAGACCGACGCGCGAAUCCUCGACCCUCCCAAGGUCACCUACCGCAACAACCGUGCGGCUCCAGUCAUGGACGGCGGCUGGCGUCUUCGCGGUGUUCAGUUCGCUCGUGACGGCCUUCGUCCUCUGAACAACUGGGCUGUCGUCUCGUUCGACCGCUACUGCGACGUUCAGGACAUGCAGCGCUGGAUCACCUACCUCUGCUCUGCUCUCGGUCGCCUCGGUGUUCAGGUCGCGAACAAGAACCCUCCCAUCAUCCCUCCCGCCGACCCGCGCCAGCACAGCAACCUGCUCAGCUCGAUGCAGUCUGCUGCUCGCGACGCCUUCAUGGUCAGCGGCGAGACGCCCCAGCUGAUUGUCGUCAUUCUCCCUGGCAAGGACGCGUGGCUGUACGAGUCGAUCAAGAAGAUCAGUUUCACUGAGCUCAAGGCCCCCGUGCCCACUCAGUGCAUGCAGGCUGCCAAGAUCAAGAGCCCCCGUGGCAUCGAGGCGUACACCGACAACCUCGCCAUGAAGAUUGUCGCCAAGCUCGGCGGUCUCUCGCACCGCAUCCCCGCUGAGUCGCUCCCCGGCAUGGAGAAGGGCAAGACGAUGAUCCUCGGCGCUGACCUCGGCCACCCUCCCUUUGCGCCCAACAGCCAGAUCCCCACCGUCGCGUGCAGCAUUGCCACGUACAACGCCGAGUGUGACGCGUACUCUGCGCAGAUCCGCCUGCAGCUCGGCCGCAGCGAGAUCAUCCACGACCUCUCGACCAUGGUCGAGGAGCACCUGCGCAUCUUCUCCAAGAACAACAACGGCGACUACCCCGAGCGCAUCCUCGUGUUCCGUGACGGUAUCAGCGAGGGCCAGUAUGCCGCCGCUCUGCAGUGGGAGCACGACGCGAUCGUCUCGGCCUGCCGCCGCAUCGAGGGCACGUACCGCCCCCGCAUCAUGGUCGUCGUCUGCGCCAAGCGCCACAACACCCGCUUCUUCGCCAAGGAGCGCGUCAACACCGACCGCACAGGCAACCUGCCCGCCGGCCUCUGCGUCGACAAGUCGGUCACUCACCCGUACGCGUUCGACUUCUUCCUGCAGUCCCACGCCGGUCUCGUCGGUACCGCCCGCCCGACCCACUACAUCUGUCUCCUCGACGAGCUCGGGCUCACUCCCGACGACCUGCAGAAGCUCGUCCACGGUCUCUGCUUCUCGUUUGCGCGCUGCACGCGCUCCGUCUCCCUCGUCCCCGUGUGCUACAUGGCUGACCUCGUCUGCCAGAAGGCGCGCCUGAUUGUGCAGAGGGCCGACGAGAGCAUGACGCCCUCGGAGACGAGCGGCUCGCGCGCCGGCGCGCCCACCGCGACCACGUCGACGAGCACCAUCAUCAAGACCGCCCGCGGCGACAUGGACCACAACCACAUCCAGAACAUGCUCUCGCGCAACCCCGAGAUCGGCGAGGUCCUCAUGCGUCUCACCUUCCCAUUAGCGAAGUUGAAGCUGACACACAGGCCUGGUGGAUCAAGACUUGCUUCCAUCUAUGCCAUGCCAGUAUCAUUCGCUUUCAGCUUUCAAAAUGUGCAGAGCGGUCGAGCUGCCGAGCCUAAGCCAGGUCAGCGAGGUAAGGAGGGUCAGCGAGAGCGAGAGUUGUGUGAGGUGCACCGAGUUCCGACACAGUGA